AUGGACGAGAAACUGCAAAAGCUGGCCGCCGUGCUGAAAAGGGAUUCUGUUUCCGUGACGUUCUUUGUGGGCGCGGGUAUUUCCACAAGCUGUGGGAUCCCUGACUUCCGGUCGCCAAAGACAGGAUUAUACUCCAACCUCAAGAAACUGAACCUGCCGUAUCCAGAGGCCGUGUUUGACAUCGAUUACUUCCGCAAGAGUCCCAAGGCGUUCUACACGCUGGCAGAUGAGUUGUAUCCGGGCAAGUUUGUGCCCAGCAAGUUCCACUACUUCGUCAGACUGUGUCAGGACAAGAAGAAGCUGAAACGGUGCUACACGCAGAACAUUGACACUUUAGAGCGGAUUGCCGGCGUGCGCGACGAGUACGUUGUCGAGGCGCACGGCUCGUUUGCAAAGAACCACUGUAUCGACUGCGAUUGGGAGAUGGAGACCAGCGAGUUGAAACGGCAGAUGAAGUCGCAGAUUCCAACGUGUGCCAAAUGCAAAGGCUAUGUGAAGCCGGACAUUGUGUUCUUUGGCGAGGCGUUACCGGCGAAAUUUUUCGAUCUAUGGGACGAGGACUCGAGCUCGAAGACAGAUCUGGCCAUUGUGGCGGGCACGUCGCUCGCCGUGUACCCGUUUGCUGGGCUUCCUGCCGAGGUGAGCACAAAAGCCACGCGGGUUCUGAUCAACCGCGAGAAGUGCGGCGAUUUCGAGCGCAAUCCGCGCAAAUCGGACGUGUUGCUGUUGGAGAGCUGCGACUUGGUCGUUGAGAAGCUUGUCCAGCUGCUUGGCUGGGAAAAAGAGCUGGAUUCACUUGUCAAAGAAGGUGAAAGGGCCUUGAAGGAAAACGCCUUGUAUGUCCAUCCAACAGAAAAGGACCUGGAGGAAAAGGUCAAGAAGGAGGCAGAGGCCAUCGCCAAGGUCGAAAGAGAAGAAGAAAAGAAAGAGAACCAGCAGAUCGACGAGCUGACAGAAACGUUGCAAAACAUAAAGGUCAAAGAUUAA